AAAUAUUUCUUUGACAUUUGAAAACAAAACAACCAAACAAAUAGAAGAAUUCAGUUUUUGAAGAAAAAACAACGUUGAACGAAGAAAAUCUUGAUAAUAUGGAUGAGAUUAGAACAGUUCAUCAAUGUUUGUUUUGUCCGCAAACAUUUGACAGUGCCAGCGAAAAAGGUGAUCAUAUUCUACAGCAUUUUGCCCAAGAAACAUGUAUCGAAUGCGACCAACAUUUAAUUCGUAUCGGUAGUAAUUUGUACACUCUACACAAUGCCGUAACGUGUAUCAAAGUGAACAUCAAAACAGAAGACCCAAUUUUCCAAGAGGAUCAAUAUGAAACCAUCGACGAAAAAAUAGAUGGAAAGGGUUUUACAGCUGUCACAUCUUUGGAUUCAAUUGUUGCCAUCGAAACAAAACCCGAUCCAAUUGCCUUGAAUGAACAACUUAUGCCUGUCGAUGAGAAUAAUUUGGUAGAAAAUUGUGAAUAUGAACUCGACUCAAUUGAUGCAUCUGAAGCCGCAUCUGAAGCGACAAGUAACAAUGAUAAUAAAUGCAAUGAAUGUAAUAUAUGCGGCAAAAUGCUUUCAUCCAAAGACGGCUUGAAAAAACACGUAAUAAUCACACCAGCGCCAUUUUCCGUGGGAAAUAUGUCCAAAUGUGACUUUAACGCGAAAGGAUUCAUUGCGAAAGCACAAUCAAAUGAAACAUGAUCCAAAUACCGUUAAAUUCAAGUGUAAUUUUUGCCAGAAUGUAUUUUUGCAUGAAUUAUCACUAGAGAAACAUCUUCCGAAAUGUAAAAAACGUAUUAAGAAAACAAAACUCGCUUUAAAUCAACAAUUUACGCUUGAAAAUUCUACGGACCCAGCGUUUUUCCUACUGAACAAAUGUCUCAUUCAAAUCAAUUGGCGGGGCCAAUGGGUGAAUUAACAAGUCAGGAUGAUAGUGAUUUAUGCAAGUGUUAUAUAUGCGGCAAAAUACUUUCAAAAAUCAGAUCGCUAAGGAAACUGUUACCAGUUACUGUGAUAUUUGUGAUCGGACAUUCUUUGAUAUUUACACAGCUCGACGGCACAAACGCAACGUUCAUGGGACAA